GUUGUUUCGUUUAGCCCCACAUUUUUAGGCAUUAGCCCAAAUACCUACCCAACGUUGUCUUCUACUUUGCUAAAGCCCGGGUCUUAAACAGAGUCAGAGCACUCGGCGAGUUAUUACUUCUUUCAUCAGCAAUCGGCGUCAGUCGGAAGUGACUCAGUUUCCUGCAUACUCUCCAUGGCCCGGUCACGGAAUGCAAUUGUUGCUACUGGCUUGGUAAUUUUCGCAGCUGCAGGCUUGGCAUUUCCCUUUUACAUGGCGUCAUCGCCAAAGCCUGUCAUUGACCCAUCAAAGCCACUAUCACCCCAGGCAACAUUUCGAGGGCCUUAUAUAAACACUGGUUCUCGUGACGUUGGACCUGACUACCAGACCUACCCGAAGAAGUGAUCAUCACGACAAUUAUGUUGGUUUGGUGGUGAACUUCUGCAUAUGAACAUGGCUCAGAAUUGAUGUUUACUGAUAUUUGCGUACAACCGCCCAACACGAGUGAGUAAUGAAAUAUGACGAUGCUGAAUGUAACUGAAAGGUGUCAGUAAGCAGUACAAGAUGCAAGCUUAGUUUCAUGGUUCAUUUUGGUCACUUGAUCUGCAUAGAACUAGAUCUCAUGGUAAUGUGAUGUACAAAAAUUCUCUGUACAAGACGUCUGUCUUUAUCAAAUAACGGAUCUUGCAAACUUUGAUACGAUAUGACGUUAUUGAGACCA